AUGCCCGUCUUGCAGUCGAAGCCUGCUCGUAGAAAACAUUGUCCCCCCCUCGAUAUAGCUGAAACGAACAAGGGGGGGGGGGGGUGGGGAAGGAGGAGGGGGGGGGGUUGGGGGGGGGGGGGGGAGGGUCGGGGGGGGGAACGGGAUCGGUUACCCAUGGUGGGGAGUGGGUUUCUCUGGGUCGUUGUGAUGGGGGAGUUCUGGUGUUCUUUCUUGGUGCGAAGAGUAUGUCCUAUUAUUGAUCAGGUAAGUGCCACCCCACCUGCAGAAGGCCUAGACCGUGUUGUGGGGGCGACGGCCGGCACACGGUGA